AUGGCUGCUACCAUGAUGCCAUCAUCCACAUAUAACAGUGUCAAAUCUCUUCCCUCUGCAAUUCCACCAUUAUGGACACUGAAAUCCAUUCGAUUUCAAACGGCACUUUUGAUCUCGUCGGCUUGCGUCGUUUUCGGAUUAAUGAGGACUUGUUUUGGAAUGGCGAUGGUUGAUAUUGUGCAGAGUGGAAAUGGAACAUCUCACAGUGAUCUCCAUAUGGAUUGGAGUGGUGAGGAACAGGCUCGAAUACACACUUCCUUCUAUAUUGGAGCAUUUAUUGCCGUCUUUCCGUCGGAGUUUCUCGCCAAAAAAAUGGGCUCAAAGAACCUGCUCUCGUUCGCAAUGAUCCUCAACAUCAUCGGAUCAAUCCUCACUCCAUUUCUGGCAAUUCAUCUCAAAACCUAUAUUCUAAUUGCGGCGGUUCGGAUGAUUAUGGGCUUUGGAUACGGAUUCAUGAUUCCCGCUGGAAGUGUUCUCAUCUCAAAAUGGUUUCCAAUCUCUGAAAAGAGUACAGCUAUGGCCAUAUUCACGACGGGGAAUCAGAUUGGAAUCGCUUUUUCGAUGUUUCUAACUGCUAAACUCUGUCAACUCCAGAUUUUCGAGGGAUGGCCAUUGGUUUUCAUAAUUUAUGGAUUGAUUGGAGUCAUCUUUUUGAUUGUCUGGCAUGUGAGAAUCGCAGAUAAGCCGAGAGAAUCCAAAUAUAUCACAGCGACCGAAUUGACGUAUAUCAAGGGAGGAAAACAGAGGAGAAGUCGAGCUGAAACUGUGGUUAGACCUACUCCUUAUAUGAAAAUCAUAUUGAAUGGUUGUGUGUGUGCAAUUUGUGCUUGCUCAUUUGCCCAAAGUUUUGUACUCGUUGCUCUUGUCACGUAUCUCCCGAAGUAUAAUCAGAUUGCUCUCAAGAUGAAUUUAACGCAUAAUGGAAUCUGGUCUUCAAUACCAUUUGUGAUUCAAAUGAUCACUAAACUUCUUUUCGCUGUGAUCGCGGAUAAAGUGAAACAAGCGAAAGUGAAUGCGACGUCAGUGACAAAGGUUUCGAAUGCUAUUGCAAGUUUCGUCAGUGCCCUCUUCAUUGUGUUCGCAGCCCUUGUACCAUUCGGAAGUGCGGAACUAGUACAAUUGAGUAUAAUCAUAUCGAUGGCUGCAUUCUCCGCAUAUGUUCCUGGAUAUAACACGUCGAUUGUUACGGUGGCUCCUCAGUUCACUGCAUUCAUUUCUUCGUACGCUCAGCUGUACGCCCAAAUUGCAUCAACAUUGGCUCCAAUUCUUAUCGGAAGGAUUACAAGUCAUGAUACAAUUGAAGAAUGGAAACUGGCAUUUUAUAGUUUAGCAGCUGUUUUAGCAGUGACCGGAGUCAUUUUUCAGUUGUUUGGACAUGGAAGAACAGAAGCGUGGGGAGAGACACCGUCAAACGCCGCGUCCACAAGAAUCUCCACGUCACUGGCUGUCUGUGAAGAUGGACAGUGUAAACUGACACUUUUGGAAAAACAUAAUCAUGAUUUUCGGACGGAAUCGAAAAUGAGCUCCGAUUCUGGAGUGUUGAAAAAGAAGAUAUCGCGUGUCUCAUACGCCGGUGAAGAGAUAAUAAUACCGGGUCGGAUAGAGGAUCUCGAGAAUGACGUCAUUUAUAGUAUUGAAGAAGAAGGAGAAGAAUGA